AUGGCUGGAACCAACAAGCACGUCGUGUUCGACGUUGUCGGUACGAGUGAACAUGAGCCAUUGAAUCCCUUGGGCACUAUAGCUAAACCACAUUCUCACCUCACAGGAACAUGCAUCUCUUACGAUAACUUCUUCGAGGCCGUCGAAGAGCGCAUGGGCGAGAGAUUCCGCGCCCAGGGCAUCGGCACCCGCAUCUUCGGGUACUGCUGGAUGGAAGCCGGAGAGCGAGAGUACACCUACCUCAGCAUCGCGGGCGCAUACCGGCCGUUCUUCGACGUCUUCCGCUCCAUCUUCUACCGAACACUGUGGCAGGCGGGCAUCCAAGAGCCGCGCAAGUUCGCCACCGACGAGGACCGCGAGUUCCUCUUGCAGUCGUAUCGAGAGCUCAAGGCUCGACCCGAUCUGGUCGAGUGUUGGGAUAAGCUUCGCAAGGCCGGCUUCAAGGUCUGGUGCCUCACAGCCGGCGACAUUCCUCGUGUGGCGGGGUAUUUGAAGAACGGGGGUGUCGAGAUGCCCGAGGAGAAUUUUGUGUCGUGUGACACGAUUGGCAUUGGCAAGCCCGAGCCUCGUGCUUACAAGUUCUUGCUGGACAAGUUUGAUCCCAGUGGGUUGGAUGCUUGGUUCGCUGCGGCGCAUAUGUGGGAUGCGGCGGCUGCAAAGCAAGUUGGCUUCCGGGGCGCGUGGUGCUCAGUCUGGGAGAAGGAACAAUGCUCAGAUAUCUUUGGUGACAUGGAUGUGACAUCGCCGGAUUUGCCUGCUUUAGCUGACGGGAUCAUUGCGGCGGCUCCUAAACAGUAA